AUGAAACUGGGACGCAGGAAAGAGAAAGUCACAAAAUCUUCUUCAAAAGCACAUUUUCCAAGGCGAAAAGCAACAGCAUUUCAGUUGGUAUCACAUUCACAAACGUCUUUUGAGUCUCAGUUAUUUUGGAAGGGAAAUAAAAGGAAAAGUCUCACUCAACAUUAUGCAUGCACAAAGUCACUUUAUGGAAUAAAUUUGAACGUUUCAGCUCUCAAAUUCGGAGAAUAUUUAAUGGUUCCAAUAGUGUAG